CCUGACGACGAGAGUUUAACGUAACUUACGCGCGUCCAUGUGCCCGUUUACUCACGGUAUGCUGCCAGGCUUCAUGUAAGCAGCUGUCACUGAGUCCAAGAGACACAACAACAGCGAGCCGCGGAGCUCCGUGUCAUUCAGGCAGGAAGGGAUCUCUUGGGGGAUGGCCAACAUACUUUUAUGACACACACUUAAGCACAUGUUUGCAGUGUCUCUUGUAAUCUGAAACCCUUGUGAAUCCGAGAGUGUCCACAAAUCAGUUACCACCACGUUUUAACUGCUGCUUACGUGGAUCUCACACAAUGUGCCUUGGGCUUUUGAUGAUCCAGCAAGACUGUCAGCAAAACAUCCCCCACACAGCUCAGCUCACCAGGUCAGGACCACCACAGAUGGCUGUCCCCUUUGUUCCAGUCCCAGUCCCCGUGAACUGGACUGGAGCGUACAGGUCUUGGACCAAGAGGGGGUCUCCAAUACAUACUGCUUCAUCCAUAAACUCUGAGCCCUCGUAUCCAGGAAGUAUUUCCUCGGUGAGAGGAGUUGGACCGUGGGGUGCUGCAGCUGGGGCUCUAACCCCAGAUGACUCCUGGUGUAGACCCAGAGGAGACCUGUUGGAUGGGUCCUCCACUCUGCUGGAGGGUGAUGGGUGGACAGAGAGGCCCAUCACCCCGACACUGCUGGGCUUCGAGAUCCUAGACGAGAGGGCCAAGUUCACUGUUUAUAAGAUCCUGGUGACAGGGUGUCAAGGAGACAGCUGGGUGAUCUUCAGAAGAUACACUGACUUCAGCAGGCUCAGUGACAAGAGCACAGGGUCCAAACUGUUGGACAGAUGUGCAGGAUUACACAGUUUGCUGCUUCCAAACAUUGUAUUUAGUCCAGAACACAUUCAUCUUAAUUCCGCUUGUCUACACCUCACUCUUAAAGAGCUGUUUCCCAGUUUUAGCCUAGCCCUGCCUUCUAAGCGCUGGUUCAAAGACAACUAUGAUGAAGCGUUUCUAGAGGAGAGGCAGAUUGGGCUGCAGACGUUCCUGCAGAACCUAACGCUACACAAAGACAUCAUCAGCAGUGAAGCUGUCAAACACUUUCUGUGUUUGGUUGACCCGCCAGGUCCUUUUGACAGUCUGGAGGAAAGUAGGGCUUUUUGUGAGACUCUGGAGGAGACUAACCAUCGUCUUCAGAGGGAACUCUUGGAAAAUCAGAGAGACGUUGACAUGUUAAAGAAGACACUGGAGGAGAAGGAAAACCACACCAGGCUCCUGGUGAAGAAAGUCAAAUCCCGGCCACUUUCUACUGAGAGCUUUGAGGAUAUUUGCCAGUUAACAGCUUUGAUAACAACAGACACCUACACACACACAGAAGGAGAGACAGAUGUGAACACAUCUGAUCAAAAACACACAGAUGGAAAUGAAGAGGCGGAUGAUGACAGAGCAUACUUAAAUCAAACUAUGGAACAACAAGGGGACAAGGUCAUGAUGAUGAAAGGUCAUGAGGCCUACUAGUGGUCAUCAGUGAAACCGAAGCAGAAAAUCCACAAUGACACAUUUUCAGUUUCUCCUCUGAAGCAUCUGCAGACGCAUAAGCUCAGUGGAGAAUAAUGGACAGACCGACUUCUGUCUACUGCAAUAUCAUUAAUGAAAUGUAUUAGUUACACCACUAGUUACUGGGGAAAGUACUAUUAUUACUGUUAUAUUAUUGUAAGUUACUGCCCAACACUGACCAUAAAUACCUCAAGAUAUCAA